AUAUGAGAUAAGCUAUUUUUAAAUAUUCUUAUUAGAAAUCUUAAGAUGUCUUUUGAAGGAGGUCAACAGGCAGUAGUUCGGGCUACAUUGGGUUUAACAGAAAAGUUUAAAAAACAUCUAAGUCAACAGGAAAAAGAGGCAAAAAACCGGGAGAAAAAUAAGAAAUAUAAUAGAAAUUCAGUGUUAGAAAAUGAGUUUGAGAGUUUAAAAUAUCAAACAUUCGAAUCAAUAUUUAUACAAGAAAAAAGAUUAAAAACGAAUAUUUUGAUUGAUCGUUAUGAAUUGAAAUCAUUUAUUGGUGCGGGAGCAUUUUCAUGUUGUAUAUUAGCGGUAGAUAAGUUACGACCAGAUCAGCCAUUUCGUGUGAUUAAAAAAAUGAACCAAGCAUAUGGAGAAUUUGGACAUCAAGUAUAAGGAGAGAAAUGAAUACGACUGGGUUUUGACAUCCUAUUACUAGGAAUAUUGUUUAUUAAAGCGGAUUCAUCGGUUACCAUAUUUACAACCUUUUAAUCCUCCGAUUGUUAAAGCAUUUUCAAUGUUUGUCGAAAAUGAAUGCUUUCAUUUGGUGCUUGAGGCACUAGAUCCGUUACCUAUAAAGCUUGGAAGAUGCAUGCAUCUUUCUACAUCGGGUGAUCCUUUACAUUCACCAUUAGCAUGUCAUGUAAGACAUAAAACACUUCGAAAAAUUGCAAAACAAAUCUUAAUAUCUCUUAAUAUUCUUCAUAAUAGAGCGAAUAUUAUCCAUGCAGAUUUAAAACCCGAAAAUAUUCUACGUUGUUAUUCAGAUAAUCCUAGAUCGGUAAAACUUAAAAUUAUUGAUUUUGGAAACGCUAUUCCUUUGGAAGCAAUAGAAGCUUAUUAUGUUGAUUUCGAUUUACAAUCAGUUUAUUAUAGAGCACCAGAGGUUUUAUUAGGACUACCAUUUGGCCCUUCUAUUGAUAUUUUUUCCCUUGGAUUAAUUUUACUUGAACUUUUAUUUGAUAAUGAUGAAAUUAAAAAAAAUUCUCGACCUUUUUUAUCCACUGUAGAAACAUCCAGAACUUCAUUAGCCAUUGAAAUAGCUCGCUUAUUAGGAAGAUAUCCACCUCAUUUUAAAAAUGCAAAAUUUUGGAAAAAUGAUUAUUAUAAUAUAGAAAUUAACGCAUCAUAUUUAUUAAAAAAUAGAUUAAGAGAAUGCAAUAAUCCUUUAUUGGAAGAUUUCAUAAUAAAAUUACUAGCAAUUGACGACACAAAAAGACUUACUUCAAAAACAGCCUUAAAUCAUUUAUGGUUAUUUUCAGAUCAAUAUGAUUUAAUGCAUUGUUUGCCUAUAAUAAAGAUAGAUCAUAUGGAACCUUUAUCUGAAGAAGCAUUUUCGCUACAUAAUAAUGAUGAAAUCGGCAUAGAUUAUACAAACUUAUCAGAAAACCAUACUUUUGAUGAUAUAUAUUAUAAAGAAAAAUAUAAAAAUACACAGGAUACAAAUUCUUUUAAAUCUAAUGAAAAAUCUUUUAUAAAAGAAAAAUCAGCUACUCCAAUCAAAAAACCUUAUUGUCUUGAUCCAUGGAUAAUUAACCCUACAUUAGAAGAAAAUCAGGAUGAGGUUUUGCUUAUUUAAUUACAAACAUUCACAUAAUACUAUAAACUAAAUCAUUAAUGACC